GGGGCCGGGCUAACCAUGGCCGAGGGCGGGGAGGAGGCGGAGUUCUGCCUCACCGCGCUCUACAUAAGCGGCCAGUGGCAGCGGCUGCGCGGUGCGUCUGACCUUCAGUGUGUCGGCUCCAGCGCCAUGGCGCCCUCCAGGAAGUUCUUCGUCGGGGGAAACUGGAAGAUGAACGGGCGGAAGAAGAACCUGGGGGAACUCAUCACCACUCUGAACGCGGCCAAGGUGCCGGCCGACACCGAAGUGGUUUGUGCACCCCCCACCGCCUACAUCGACUUUGCCCGGCAGAAGCUGGAUGCCAAGAUUGCUGUGGCCGCGCAGAACUGCUACAAAGUGACGAAUGGGGCCUUUACUGGGGAGAUCAGCCCUGGCAUGAUCAAAGACUGUGGAGCCACAUGGGUAGUCCUGGGGCACUCAGAAAGAAGGCAUGUCUUUGGAGAGUCAGAUGAGCUGAUUGGACAGAAAGUGGCCCAUGCCCUGGCAGAGGGACUUGGAGUAAUCGCCUGCAUUGGGGAGAAGCUAGAUGAGAGGGAAGCUGGCAUCACUGAGAAGGUUGUUUUCGAGCAAACCAAGGUCAUCGCAGAUAAUGUGAAGGACUGGAGCAAGGUUGUCCUGGCCUAUGAGCCUGUAUGGGCCAUUGGGACUGGCAAGACUGCAACACCCCAACAGGCCCAGGAAGUACACGAGAAGCUCCGGGGAUGGCUUAAGUCCAACGUCUCUGACGCGGUGGCUCAGAGCACCCGUAUCAUUUAUGGAGGUUCUGUGACUGGAGCAACCUGCAAGGAGCUGGCAAGCCAGCCUGAUGUGGAUGGCUUCCUCGUGGGCGGGGCUUCUCUCAAGCCCGAGUUUGUGGAGAUCAUCAAUGCCAAACAAUAAGCCCGUCCAUCUCCCCUGUUCUUCCUAAGUCAGGGACUAGUAGCUCAGAAGCUCAGUAACUGUGUUCCCCUCCACCCCCUACCCCGCACUUGCUUCUGAUGGUGUCACCUGCCCCCUUUGUGGCCGAAGUAUACGUCUUCCUCACCGUUUACACCUUGCCCUGUAAUGUUGGGACCAGGUCCAUCCCUUCUCUACAGAACUGUAAUGGUCAGAACGAAACAUGUCACCAAGGUGGCUUCUCCUUGGCUGAGAGGCAGAAGGGGUGGAAUUUGCUCGUGAGCCCCCUCAGCGUCCCCAGUGAGGGCAGGAGAGAAGCCAUCCUCUUCUCCCAUCUCACUCCCUGAGGCCGGGGGCUGAGAGAAAACCCUGUCCUCCCCUCAGAGGCCAGAGGGGCUGCUUUCUCCCAUGGUACCAGCGCCCAUGUGUGGUGUGUGUGUGUGAGCAAUCCCGCGUGUGGGGGGAAAUAAACACCUGGCACUGA